GCCACUUUCAGCGCGGAGGCCUACCAGGCCGCAAUGCAGACGGCUGGGGUGUACGAGGCCGCCGGCAACAUCUUCUGGCUGAACCUCCGCGGGUCCGCGACGCCUGGCGUCCCGAUUAAUGCAACCGCCGUCAAAAACCUCCAGCGCUCCCACUUCAAGGGUCCGGCGCACUUCGACGGCUCGGUGGCUGUGGCAGUGCCGAAGAAUUUGGCCCUUUCCUUUGGCAACCUACGGAGGGUGUCGCCUGAGGAGCCAGAGCACGCGAUGCUCUUCGCCGUCCGGGACGCCAUCCGGGCAGGGGAGGCUGAGAAGACACUCAGGAGCUGGAGGUCAAAGCUGCUGAGUGUCACGAUCCGCUUUGAGAUCAUCGAGACAGAGCAAGACAUGUUCUUUCGAGCAGUCAACCUCCGCAACAAGGUCAUCGAGGAGUACGAAGCCUUGGUGCGAACGGCAGUGGGCCGUGUGUUCGAGCUGGUCGCCUUUCGCUCGUCCAUGCAGGCCUCGGGCGUGUCUGGCGCAGAGGAGCUGUUCAAGGCGUGGGAGGCCAAUGUGAGGCAGACGCGCUCGCACUUGGCGGAGACAGUGACGCUCAACUUUGUCGAGACAGCCUUCAAGGUCUACGACAACUUGCUGGGCGACAAGAAGUUGCGGGCCUCAGUGAUGCGCGUUGAGGAGCGCUAUGGCAAGAUGUCAGCGUGGGUGUGGAUGACCAACUUGGAUGCGGUGGUGCUCAAGAGCAAGACUCCGCAGCUCAUUGAGUGGGUACUUCUCAUGGUGGAACACCUUCUCUUGACGGAGCAGAUGAGCUGCAAAGAUUUCACGAAGCGCACCCUGAUACCACAGAAGCAAAAAGGCUUGCUUGAUCUGUGGGUCUUCAAGAACGACCUCAUGCGCUACAUGGUGAACAACCUCCUGCCCAAGAUUGAGCUUACCGCUGCGCAGCGGGAGGUGCUGGCGUCGCUGACCGUGGCAGAGGAGUUGCGCAGCAAGAACAAAAACAAGCAGUGGCAAGGAACUCUCCCCGAAAGCGCCAGGCUUUGGGUCACGUUCCUGACCAACGUGGUCUUCGGCGUGGGCUCUGAUGGAUGUUUGAAAACCACCUUGAAGGCGACGAGUGACAUCAAUGAGUUCAUUGCCAACAAUACUGCUGUGGCUGAGGCUUUUUCUGAAGUCGAAGAAAAGGCCAGAGCUGAGCAAGGUCGGCCGGAACAAGCCUCGGGCGGCAGCAGCGCAGAAGUUCAAACGCAAGCCUUGUGCGGCGUCGGCGGCAUGGAGGUUUCGCUGACUGAGCUGAUCACACCCGAGCAGGCGAAUCAGGAUGACGGGCAGCUGGAGGCCUGGUUCGAGUUUAUGAACACCAAGAUCGAUCAGUUUUGCAAGUUCAUCGUCGACCGAGGAGCAGCCAGCAUGACCAAUAGCGCCCUUGCCGCAGAGCUGAAGGAGAACAGCGUGCUGGCUGAAAUAAAUGGGCCAGCGCUGCUGCUAUAUGACUCGAAAACAGCAGGGGAGGCGAGCAGCAACGCAAACGUGAGGCUGCCGCCCUUCCGUGCCCAACACCUGAAGCGAAUGGCCCAGGCCUUCAUCAAGGCCCGUGACCAGGGGGGCGAUGACAUCGAUCAGCAGGAGGAGCUCCGCGACGGCGACAUCAUCAUGGUGCUGGACGGCGGAAGGCAUGGAAACGAUGGCUCCAUCCAGGGCAGCUUCACAAAGAUCUCCGGGGAGUCGAUCACCAAGGUGAAGCAAGCCUUUACGGUAGUAUAUGACGAAGAAAGUGUAGGAGAGAGAAGAGAACGCGUUCGCGGGUUUGUGACCUGCACAGAGUCACUCUACGCCUUCACGAGGACAGGCUUAGCCAUGGAGCGGCGCCCGCGGAAACACUUUCCAGGCACAACGACGAUGGGGUCCGUCAUUGGGCCAAUUCAGUCGCUGGCAUGGACCGACGAAAACUGCUGGAAGGAGCAGCCCAAGGUCAAGAAGGAUAUUUUCACCAAGGAGCACAAGGUCCUGGUGGGGGGAGCGGUGGAGGCAACUGCUGCCCAAGCUACGAAGCCAAGCUUCCCCGACGACUCAGAGCCAGUCUUCUGGCAUUAUAGCCCGCCUGUGCUGUUCAGCGAACUUUUGCACAGCUUUCGCCCCAUGGUGGUGGUGCGCGGCAACGAGACGGAUCACUGCAUGGCCAUGGAGUGCAUCAAGGCCAAGAUUCCGCUGGUGUCAAUCUGCUUGAGCGAAACCCACAAGGAGGCCCUCACUGCUCAGGUGAAACGACGCUUGUGGAAGGCCAUGCAGACGGAGAGCGUCCCGGAAGUCUACGAGCCCACCCUGGCAAAGUUGCUCUCUGAGUCGUCAUCUGACGGCACGUCAAAGAACCAGAAGAAGACGAAGCCAGAGGCCAAGAAGCGAGCCAAGAAGGCAGAAGAGGGCGAGGACGACAAGGAGGCCAAGACUGAGGAGACGGGCGGCGAGCCAGAGCCCAAGAAGCCGAAGAAAGGUGGCCGACCGACUUCGUCGGCCAACGCCAGCGCCGCUGAGACUGCUCGCCAGGCGCUCUUGGCGAAGCUGAUGGGCAAAUCAUCUGAGUGA